AUGGGCGACAUAUAUAGGUUCGAGGAUGGCAGCGGAGAUGCGCGUGGUCCAUUGUUAUUGGGCAGAAGCAGCUACUGUGGAUUCGGCAGAGUUCAAGGUCAAGGGCUAGACCAGAACGAAACUGAAGGCGGCGUUGGUAGACAUCGUGACGUGGGUAGACGCCACAGUGUGACCACAAUGGUAACGGCCACAACCAUGGCGGCAUCUUCAACCAUGAUAUUGAGCUCGAGGUCAAGUCGUUUCGGGUUAGCCGAAAUGAACAGAAAUGUGGUUCAGUCAUCGAUGGAUAUUGGUGAACAGCGACAACAACAAUAUCAUCGACAACAGACUGGCAUAUCCAUGAGCUUCAAACGAUUCGAACUGGAACCAGAGACGAUCUUUGUGCUGGGCAUGCGUCUGAGUGUGACGAAAAAUGAUAUUCUCAUGUUCUUUAGUUCCGUGGGAAUGAUCGCUGUCGACCAUGCGAGUAAACCAAGGAUUUUUGUGUACAAAAAUAAGCAAAAUGGACGAUCAAAGGGUGAGGCGACCAUUACAUAUAUAAGUCCGUUCAUGGCGGAAAUGGCCAUUAGAUGCCUGAAUGGCAGCAAAUUUAAGGACGAAACUAUAACGGUUUUACCGGCAUAUCUAUCAACGCGCAAGGGUCGUGGCAUCCGCUAUAGAUAUCCUCGAGUGUUCGCUCCAUCGAACAAUCGGGAACACCAACAGGAUCGGCAGCAGCAGAAUCGUCAACGUCGACCCCGUAAAUGGAGACCGGCUCGUGACGAUAGGUAUUGCAUGUCCUGCCGCAACAGCAAUUUUGUUUGGCGCUCCAAUUGCAAUCGUUGCAAGGCCAGCAAAUCUGAGUAUGCAGCCGAACCCCUUUUCAGUGGUUCACCAUCUUUCAUGAUGGCUCGCCGUUGGCGCAUUCAUAAGACCGACUGGGAAUGCUGCUACUGUUUCAAUAAGAAUUUCUGGUAUCGUCAGAGAUGUAAUCGCUGUCAUGCUCCCAAGGCUGUUGAUACGCCAAAACCAGUCACCCUACCCCGAUCGGACAAAUGGGAAUUGAAGCUUGGCAGUGAUUUGGGAGGGUCCAAUACACUGAGUACUAAUGUGGCCGACAUGGCUAAGUUUGACGGAUAG